AUGACACGGUUUAUCCAUCUUCCUGUCGAGCUUGUCGAACGGGUGAUUUCCACUCUCGCCACAACCAUACCACAAGACAGCCAGGUUUCCAAACCGCUGUUUGAGGUUGCGGUAGAUGGCCGACGUGCGAUGGCUACACUUUCGCGAUGUAGUCGGUUGCUUCACAAGCUGGUUCAGCCUUUCUUAUAUAAACAUGUCUGCAUCGGAAAGUCACAGGCCGUGCCGCAAGUUGUGGCUCUUCUCAGAUACUGGGACUCUCACCCUGAAAUUGCGGCUUACGUACAGUCGAUCUUUGUUCAUUGGAUAGAAUUGGCAUGUCAUAUGGAAGGAAAAUUGUAUGUUUUUUCACAAGACGAUGCCUUUUUCCUCAGAAACCUCGCCCAAAAGUUCGGGGUCACACUGACACACGGCUGGCCCAAUAACAUCUAUCUCAAGGGUAGACGCUUUUCCAGCGGGCUUGGUGGGCUUCUUUUACUCCAAGCGAGAUCCGCCCGCUUGAUUGACAUUGCCAUCGUUGGUAACGAUACCGACCUAGGGACGUUUAUUCCUAGCAUGCCAAAGAAUCCUUCUGACAGUUUGUUGUUUAAAUCUCUCACACACUUACGAAUCGACGUUCGCACGACAUCUCCCAUCGAAUACUUGUCUCCUCUAAUCAAGCUUAUGCCCAAUAUCAAUACCUUUGAGUGCAACCGCUGCAUUUCGUGGGAGGAAGAGACUUUUGAUUGGAGCGGAGUAUCUCGCCUUGCUUUGCGCUUUGUAAGGCUGAAGCUGGAUACCAUACCCCGUGUAAUCAUGUCUUGUCGGACUCUUGUGGAUUUCGCCUUCGUGGCUCACACGCCAGCUAGCCCUCAGCCUAUUAUCGAGGCUCUUGCGCAGCAUAUCGAAUCUCUUAGAGCUUUGGAAAUCGACUUUGGGGGGCUCUAUCUCAUGGAUGGAAGCAGCGGCAACCAUCCAGCCAACCUCGAUUUGGUCUCUCCGGUAUCACUUCGAGACUUUUACCGCUUGGAAGUACUCAAACUCUGGUGCUGGGACUUACGAACGGGGUCGUAUCAAAUAUUUCGAACCAUGCCCGACUCUUUACGAGAACUACAUGUGUAUGGCGACAUCCGAAACUACGAAGAAGAAUUUAAGCUGCUGGUGACCCAGGUUCGAACCGGAAAACUGCCCAAUCUCAAAGUCGUGCAAGUCGAUUCUUGCAGAGAGGUCGCGGGCCAACUGUUCAUUCAAACAAUACGAACCAUGUUGGCGGAAGUUGGUGUUUUAUGCUUGGACAAGAAAGCUUCCUGGACAUGGUCAUGGAACAAAUUUUGUCCAAUCGAACUUCCCCCUCAAGCGAUAUAUCAAGAGGAAAACAGACAUAUUUAG